CACCCAGCUGUCCUCUCAGGUAGGGAGGGACAAUGGUACCAGAGCCGCCUGUCCAUGCAAAACAUGUGACGUUACUGAAGAUAUAAGAGGCUGUAAACUGACAACAACCCAAAAUCUUCCACUACCCAGACUAAAAGCCAAGAUGAGAUUUCUAGUGCCGCUAGGUGUAUUCCUCGCUGUGGCAGCAUUUCACUCCGCUCUCUCAGCAUCUCUGGAAUCUGCAGAGAGAGAGGAAGUAGUUGCUCAGCACGAUGGGCUAACUGAACUGCAGAAAAUAGAUCAGAUGGAGUUUGAGGCCGCUCAAAAGAACGAGGCCGCUCAGAUGAAUGUGACAGAGGAACAGAAUGAGGAAGCCCGCUACCUUGAGGCUGUUCAGGAUGGAUCUGUGGAGGAGCAUAUUGAAGCUGAGAACGACAACACAGCAGAAGGAGGUGGGAACUCUGACCUAGCAGCUCAUGAAGAAUCCCAGUCUGAGUCCUCUGAGGAAGCAGAUGAGCACCAUGAGACAGUGCCAGAGACUGUGAGCAGUUUGGAUGAAGUCAGUCAGGAUUCAACCAAGAAGGAACAAGAUGUACUGGAGUGAGAAAACACAGCAGCACGUGGAUCCCAACGCUCACUCAUCACCCAGUGGCUGAGCUGUACUGAGCUUACUGACAAUAAAAGGGAACUAUCCACCUAUCUG